GGCAAAGUGAAAGAUGGUGGGCAAAAUAAAACGUGCUCGGCAAAAGUUCCAUCAGGCUGCAAUACGGGUUGGGGCUGCCACAGAGGAAGAGCCGCCGGUCCCAAUCAAUGAACCUCCUGAUUCUGCAGAUCUGCCCGGGGCAAAGGGAUGGGAAGCUCAGGGUCCAGGGAAGGACUGGACAUUUUUUUCUUCUAAUAUUUUUUCUUCAACUAAAAUCAACCCUGAAAGUUUAACACAGAAACUGGAAGUGGAUACAAAAAGUGUCAUUUCUGAUAAGAAAGAAGAGAAGAUACUUGUGCCAAAAAAGGAAAAAGCUAAGCAAAGACGGGAACGAUGGCUGCAAAAAAUUGAAACCCUGGCCCUAGCCCAACAAGCCAAGAAAGCCCAAGCUAAAAGGAAAGCUACUCCUGUAGUUGGAGACAUGAGACCACUCGUUGAUGCACUUCCUGAACUGUCAGAACUGACCGCUGUUCGCAAACCUAGGGCACCAAGAAAGCAGCCCAAAUGCAGUGUGAAGAAGAAACCAGAACCAACAGACUACAGCAAAAUGAGACCUGCCCAGAAGCGCAAGAUCAUAGAGGAGGAAAUGUCCCGUGUGCAGGAGCUGAUCAGGAACCCUUCAUACAAAUCAAACCCACUGGCAGCAGUAGGGCAGCAUCUUCUGAAACGGAUGAAGGAAGAGCAAGAAACUGACCCCAGAUAGUGGAAAAAAAUAUACCAGAAAAUUUCCAGCUAUUUCUACGCAACACCAGAUAAUUCGUACUGUGACCACAGAACAGCAGAUAAGAAUCACAGUGACUAUGGGACACAACAACAGGGAGUUCAGGGUCAGUCACAGCUGCAGAUACACUUUGUAUUUCUAAGCAGCUUGCUAAAGUAUUUUAUUUCUGUACGGAACAGCGAUUAAAAAAAAAAAAAAA